AUGUGGAACCUAUUCAUUGAUGGGUCGGUUGGGGAUGUCGGCUCAAGUGCCGGAGUUGUCCUCAUCAGCCCGAAAGGUCACAAGCUAAACUUAUUGGUGAGGUUCGGGUUCAAGGCUACCAACAAUGUAGCAGAAUACGAGGCACUUCUCACAGGCCUCAGGUUAGCCAAAGAAAUACAAGUAAAGAGGCUACUCAUCAGUAGUGACUCCCAGCUGAUCCCCCGCAUAAAAAAUACACAUGUGGAUGCACUCUCCAAAUUUACAAGUAGCAAGGAUUUCAAACUACUCACAGCAGUCCUUAUAGAGCACCUCCUCAUGCCGUCAACCGUGGCCCCCAAUGUGAUGUGGGUCACUGGGACUCCUACCUGGAUACAGCCCAUCGUGGCAUACCUCAAGGACCAGGUACUUCCUACUGACAGGCAUGAGGCCUACAAGCUAAGGAGGAGGUCAGCCCAUUUCCUCUUCAUUGAUGAUGUACUCUAUAAGAGGAGUUUCUCCUCUCCACUCUUACGAUGCGUCGGAGGAGAAGAGACUACCUACAUCUUAAGAGAAGUCCAUGAGGGUAUGUGCGGCAAUCACUCUGGAAGUCUAUCUUUAGCACAAAAAAUACUGAGGCAGGGGUACUACUGGCCUACCUUGAAAAGAGACGCCCUCGAACAAGAUUUGACCGUGAACUCCAGCGCUUGGCCUUUCUCGAAGUGGGGUGUGGACCUCAUAGGUCCUCUACCAAAAGCCAGAGGAGGUUCGAGCUUCGCAAUUGUUGCCAUUGAUUACUUCACGAAGUGCGUUGAAGCUGAACCCCUGGCAAAAAUUACAGAAGCCAACACUUCCAAGUUCUUGUGGAAGAAUAUCAUAUGCCGAUUCGGGAUUCCCUACUCGAUCGUCUCAGGCGAUGGUAGACAGUUCGACAACAAGAAGGUCAGAAGCUUGUGUGAAGAACUUGGCAUCAAGAAACACUUCUCCAUGCCUCACCACCCACAAGCAAAUGGCCAGGUUGAGGCUGUGAACAAGACAAGCAAGCACGUCCUGAAAAGGAAGCUUGAUGUGUCAAAAGGGGCCUGGGUGGAUGAGCUGCCGCAGGUUCUUUAG